AUGUUUAUUUCUUCUCUCAAUUUAUUUUUAAUUAUUUUAAUUUCAAUAAUUUCUGGACAACAAUUAAACAACAAACCUCAACAAAAAAUUCCAGAAAUCGACCCAAAUCAUUUCCAGCCAAGUUUAAUCCCCUGUUAUCAAAAUAAUAACCCAAAUUUCCCCCAAAAAUGCCUCCCUCAUUUUAUUAAUGUUGUAACAAAUACUUGUGGAAUAUAUUCUCCAACAAAUUUUUGUAUGCAAACAGGGCAUCGUUUAAAUAAAUAUUGUGAUAAUUCAACAUUUUGGCAAUCAGAAACAAUGGCCGAAGGAAUUAAAUAUCCCCAAACAAUUAAUUUAACAAUUAAUUUAAAUAAACAAUUCGAGAUUACUUAUGUCCAUUUAAAAUUUAUUUCUCCACGUCCAGAAAGUUUUGUUAUUUAUAAAAAAAAUAAAAAUAAUGGAAAUGAAUGGAUACCUUGGCAAUAUUAUAGUGGUUCAUGUAUAUCAACAUUUAAAAUACCAGAAAAAGCUCCAAUACUUCCCGGUAACGAAGCCAUAGCCCAAUGUACAAAAGAAUUUUCUGAUAUAUCUCCAUUGACUGGGGGAAGGAUUGCUUUUUCUACUUUAGAGGGAAGGCCUUCUGCUGAAAAUUUUGAAGAAAGUGAAGAAUUACAGGUAAUUAAGAAACAAAUAAGAAUAUCUCUAGUUAGAAUGAAUACUUUUGGUGAUGAAAUAUUUGGAAAUAAAAAAGUAUUAAGUUCUUAUUAUUAUGGAAUUAGUGAUUUGGCUGUUGGGGGAAGGUGUAAAUGUAAUGGACAUGCAAAUAAAUGUAUUAAAUCAACAGGAAAAGGAUUGCCUCAAAAAUUGAUUUGUGAAUGUCAACAUAAUACAAGAGGAAUAGAUUGUAAUGAAUGUGCUCCUUUUUAUUUUGAUAGACCUUGGAGGCCGGCAACUUCUUUUGAGGCUAAUGAAUGUUUACCCUGUAAUUGUAGUGGACUGUCUAAUAAAUGUUUUUUUGAUCCAAAACUUUUUGAAGAAACUGGACAUGGGGGACAUUGUUAUGAAUGUUUGGGGAAUACUGAGGGUGUAAAUUGUGAACGCUGUCUUCCAAACCAUUGGCGUUCUCCAAAUAAUAAUUAUUGUAAACCUUGUAAUUGUAAUAUUAAUGGAUCUUUAAAUAAUGGAAAAUGUAAUGAAAAUACUGGAAUUUGUAGUUGUAAAAAUGGAGUAACUGGGAAAUAUUGUGAUAAAUGUUUGGAUGGUUAUUUUGGGUUUGGAAUUAAUGGUUGCAAAAAAUGUUUAUGUAAUAAUUAUUCCAAUUCUUCUAUUUGUUCACCUUUAAACGGAAAAUGUUUUUGUAAAGAAAAUGUUGAAGGAGAAUAUUGUGAUCGUUGCAAACCCGGAUAUUUUUUAAUUAAAAAUAACCAAAAUAAUUUUGAAUGUUUUCCUUGUGUUUGUUUUGGACAUUCCUCCAUUUGCUAUUCUUCAAAUAAUCAACAAAAUAAUUUUAUUAAAUUUAAUAUUUCCUCAAAUUUUAAAUUAAAUAAUGAUGAAUGGAAAGCUUUAAGUAUAGAAGCUAAUGGAGAAAUUAAAAAUUUAAAGGUUAAUUAUGAUUAUAAAAAUAAAUUAAUAUUUAUUAAACAAGAAUGUCCCUGGAAAAUUUAUUUUGUUGCUCCAACAAAAUAUUUAGGAGAUCAACGAUUCUCUUAUGGUCAAUAUAUAUAUUUUUCCUAUCACAAAUUAUUAGAAUAUUCCCCCCGAACUAGUACAGAAUUACAAUUAAUUGGAAGUAAAGGGGAUAUACUUUCAUUGUCUUUUAGUUCACAACAAAAUCCAGACAUUUCUACAAACAAAACUUUUUAUAAAUUUAAAAUCCAUUCAAAUCCAAAAUAUCAAUGGAAUCCUCAAUUAAACGAAACUGAUUUUAUUAAAAUUUUAACAAAUUUAACAUCAAUUAGAAUACGUGCUACGUUUUUUCAAGGAGAUAUUGGGUAUUUUUGUAACUGUCCUGGAGGGGGCGCCUGUAUUUAUUUGGACAAACAAUUAAUUUGUACAGAAUGUCCAGAAGGGUAUACAGGCCCUCGUUGUGAAUAUUGUUCCGAAGAUUAUUUUGGACGCCCUUUAUUUGGAAAACCUUGUCAAAAAUGUGAUUGUAAUGGAAAUAUAGAUCCAAAUAAUAUUAGACAAUGUAAUUUGUUUACUGGACAAUGCCUUCAAUGUAUUCACCACACAACUGGCUGGAAUUGUGAGAAAUGUUUACCCGGUUUUUGGAAAGCUCCAAAUAAUUAUUUAUUUGGAGAUGAUAAAAUAAAUAAAAAUAAAUUUAAUUGUAUUCCUUGUAAUUGCCAUCAAUUGGGAACUUUUAAAAAUAAAAAAGGAAAAUUAUUUAGUUGUUCUCAAUUAAAUGGACAAUGUAAAUGUUUACCUAAUGUAAUUGGAAAACGUUGUGAAAAAUGUGCAAUUGGCUACUUUAAUAUAUUUUCUAAAAAUGGAUGCCAACCUUGUAAUUGUGAUCCUUUGGGAAGUUUAGAUGUUACUGAAUGUGAUCAAAGAAGUGGACAAUGUAAAUGUAAAAAUGGGGUUAUUGGAAUAAAUUGUGAUCAAUGUGCCCCUCAAUAUUUUGGUUUAAACUCUACAGGAUGUAUAAAAUGUUUAUGUAAUAAAAUUGGUUCUGAAAGUAUUGACUUUUGUGAUAUUAGAAAUGGGCAAUGUUUGUGUAAUAAUAAUGUUGAGGGAAUUUAUUGCGAGUAA